CCCACCCACCCCCACCUCGCCGGGCAGUCCUUUUCUCAACCACCACCUUUUACCUCAUUUAACAUCAUGCUUUCUCCUUCUCCAAUCUCUCUGCUUUGUGCUCUUUUACUUUGUUUACCACUUGCUAUUAUUUUCACUAUCACCACCCCUCUUAAUAAUUCCUCCUCAGUCCCUACAAAUCAUAGUAUCCAACAAAAACAUAGCAAAGAACAUCCUAGUACAGAAUCAUCUUCAGUAAUACUUUUGCAUGAAGAAGUUGACGAUAACUUACUAUUUCAAGAAGCUGCCAAAGUCAAUUCAAUACCACAACCAGUUACAGCACCAAAGAAACUAGCAUUCAUGUUUCUCACAACUACACCACUUCCAUUUGCGCCCCUAUGGGAGCUUUUCUUUAAUAAUACACCUAAAAACCUUUACAACGUAUAUAUACACGCCGACCCACGUUUCAACUAUACGCCGCCGUUUCAAGGCGUGUUUGCUGGCCAAGUCAUCCCUUCAAAACCAACUCGCCGCCACUCUCCAACUCUGACUGCGGCUGGGCGUCGGUUACUCGCCCGAGCACUCCUCCAUGACAAGUUGAAUUACAUGUUUGCCCUUCUUUCCCCAUCUUGUAUUCCGCUUCACUCUUUUAGUUUCACUUACAGAGUUUUGAUAAACUCUAAAAAGAGCUUUAUUGAGAUACUGGGGAACGAGAGCUGGGCAUACGACAGAUGGGCGGCGCGUGGGGAACACGCGAUGCUACCGGAAGUGAAGUUUGAAGAUUUUCGGAUUGGGUCCCAAUUCUUUGUUAUAAAACGUAAGCACGCGCGGAUAAUUGUGCGUGACAGGAAGUUAUGGUCAAAAUUCAAGCUACCUUGCUUAGAAGCUUCCACGUGUUAUCCUGAAGAGCAUUAUUUCUCUACGCUGCUGAACAUGGUAGACCCGCAAGGUUGUGUUCCAACCACUUUAACACACGUUAACUGGAAGGGUAGUCAUGGGGGACAUCCUCGUACUUACACUGCUAGUGAGGUGGGACCAGAGUUGAUCUUGACCCUUCGAUCGACCCGGCCUCGAUAUGGUGAUGAAGUAACCAACGGUUCGGAUUUAUCUGUUGCUAAACGAUAUGACCCUUUCUUAUUUGCGAGGAAAUUUUCUCCAGAUUCUCUCCAGCCGUUAAUGAAUAUAUCGAGCGACUUUAUCUUUAAAGAUUGACUAUAUUUAGUUGUGGUUAUCUCCUCUUUAUUUCUUCUACUUUAGAUUCCUCAGCAAGUCAGCUAUAAUCCUUGAUCCGACAAAGCUCC